CCUGCUUGUCCACCAUUGACGUUGAUUCCCAUUCGGCCAAAAGAAACGAUUCAGACUUGUCCCCAUUGCUGCCUCCUUUGCAAUGAGUAUUCUGGUCACCACUACCUUUUCACAAGGUGCCGUUUUUUAUGCGGGCGAAACUCUUUCUUGCGUCAUUGCAUUCAGCAAUCCAUUGCCGAAACUAUCCAAAGGACCGAGCGCAUCCACGUCGUCACCUUCGUCCAUUCAUACGAAACGUCCCGGCACACGUCACCAAUCCCCUCCGCCCAACACAGGAACCUCGUUUCAUCACAGUCGCUCCCAAUCCGUAUCCUCGGUUGACAUGUCAAAAGCACCAGCACCUCAACCAGACAUGGAUGCAUCGCUACCAAACGAGCAAAGCAAGACACGGUCGCUGAGCUCGCUUGCGUCAUCCACUUUUGCUUUCUUCACGGGCUAUCCAACAAAAGAAGAAUCCGAGGUCUACACUGCAGCACCGACAAGGACCAGUUAUGCUUUGCAAGAUAAUGAGGAUUUGAAACGGAAUCAUGCAGACGGAACACCAAUAUCCAUUGAACUUGGUUCCAACGAUACCCCGAGAUCCAGCACUGAGGUUCUCCAUUCAUACCAAAGAGAACCUUACGAUGUGAGUCGACGAAGCUCGAUCGAUUCACUCGCCUCCAAUCCCUAUACAGCCAACCAGCCGCCUUCUUCGCUCAAUACACGACGAUUAUCGUACCUGGUCAAAGCACCCUCCACCCCUCCACUGUUGAAAAAGAGCGAGCACUUACUGAUGGGAUUUGCCCAAGUGGUCGGUCACUUCAUUGUCGAUCCUACGCUAAUCAACAACAGCGAAUUCGCGCCACUAAAAAAUCGGACCAUGUAUCGGCCACAGGGUUCCGGUUUUGGUGGAGGAGGAGGAGGCUUGAUGCUGACCAAACCGGAUCAACAGUCCCAAAUACUAGGUGCCCGUAGCACGCCCGUCUUCUCUACUCCGCCUUCCAUUCUGUUUGUCGAUCUGGAUUUAGCACCUGGAGAGACUAAAAAAUUCUCCUAUAAGCUGAAGCUACCCAACGAUAUUCCGCCUACCCACCGAGGCAAAUCUAUUCGAUUCAAUUAUUAUUUGAUCAUUGGCACACAGCGGUCCAACGCACGUCCUGGAAUGCAACCACAGGGCCAGGUAGUACAGAUUCGAUUUCGUGUACUGAACCAUGUCUGUGAGGAUGGAUCAAGGCCGAUCUAUGAUCUCAUGAACCCGGUCGUUUGGUACAAAGACGAAGCGGCCAUUCAGAGCUUUGGAGAAACCGAUAAAAAGCCGAAAGCUCCUCAUAAACCGCGCAACAAAACAGAGGAUGAAAAGGAACGCCAGUCUUUUAUGGAUUACAUUGAAGAGCUUUUGGAUAAGAGCACAGAAAAUCAAUCCUCAGUGGAAGAGAUUACCCGACGUGAAAGUGAUGCCUACGAUGAACGAAAACUGGACAAGGAACAAACCGAUGACGAGGAAGAAAAUAUGCCCGGUUAUAUCUACCGGAAAACAUGUGUACAAAUAGUAUCAAGGAUCACCAAUAGCAGUCGAAAAGCAAUGUAUGACUUGUGCAAAAACAAUCAGCGAGUGGCCCAGCUUCAUCUGAUAAAAACAGCUUACCGACUUGGGGAGCCUGUGAUGGGGGUGCUGGACUUUGAUGGGGCGGCUUUACUCACGUACAAGGUAUCCAUUCUACUUGAAAGCGUGGAGGUGGUCGAAUCUAGCAUCGCCCUUCGUCAACCACAGCAUAUCGCGCGGGUUUCGCGAAAAUGCCACGCCGAGUUUCAUUCAUUUUGUCUGUACAAUCAGCGAUUAAGCUUCUCCCUUCCCAUUCCUUCCAUUGCUUCACCCGAGUUCCAAACGACAGGAGUCAAACUACAAUACCAUUUGAAAUUUCAAUUUGUCACGAAUAUCCAACCGCCUGUCACUGAAGCCAAACCUUCCGCCUCCUCUCCGGCUGCACCAAAUAUUCCUAUUAAUACCGAUGAAAAGCAUCGACAUUAUCAAUGUCUUCAAGAUAUAGAAGUAAGCACUUUUGAUUGUCAAAUCCCUAUCCGCGUGUAUGGGUCUCCCGGCGGGGCGGAUCGUGCUCUGUAUGGGCAACCGCAUACCUUUGUUGUGUCAUAGCCGUGCGGCUGUGGUAGAACACGAAUACGGCAGAAAAACAAAGGAAUCAUCAUACCACUCACUAUUACACUAUAUAUAAAAAUUACACAUAAAGGUCCACUGUACGUUUCUUGUACAUAUACUCCUAGUUCAAGG